AUGGCCAACGAGAUCUCGGAAAAGCCUCAGAUGGCCGCGGCGGAAGACCCCCCGAGUCGCGACUCCAGUCAACGUGACUCGGAAAAGGGUCGAAAUUCUACUGGAUCCGGAGCGGCGUUGGAGAAGGCGGACACGACAGUUAUUAAGGCGGUUAAGGAAUUGGAUAACGACCCCUUCAAGCACCUUCCCGCCAAUGAGGCGGAAAUUCUCAAGAAGCAGGUCAUAACACCUGACGUGAAGACUGGCGUCCUCACGUUAUACCGAUACUCCUCCCGGAAUGAUCUCAUCAUUAUGGCCGUGAGCGCCGUUUGCGCUAUCGCAGGUGGCGCCGCCUUGCCAUUGAUGACGGUCAUUUUCGGUAACCUCCAAAAUACCUUUCAGGGGUUUUUCCUCGGCACCACUGAUUACAAUGCCUUCACAGACAAGAUGACCAGUCUUGUCUUGUAUUUCGUGUACCUGGCUAUCGGUGAAUUCGUAACCAUCUAUGUCGCCACUGUCGGUUUCAUCUACACGGGCGAGCAUAUCAGCGCCAAGAUUCGCGAGCACUACCUUGAGAGCUGCAUGCGCCAGAACAUCGGCUUCUUCGACAAGCUUGGUGCCGGCGAGGUUACCACUCGUAUCACCGCCGACACCAAUCUCAUCCAGGAAGGCAUCUCCGAGAAAGUUGGAUUGACACUGACGGCGCUGGCAACAUUUGUAUCCGCCUUUGUUAUUGGCUUUGUCUUCUACUGGAAACUGACCUUGAUUCUAUGUUCUACCCUCAUCGCUCUGUUUUUGGUCAUGGGAACCGGCUCUCGUUUCGUCGUCAAAUAUACGAAGGAUUCCAUUCAGGCUUACGCGGCAGGAGGUAGCGUUGCCGAGGAGGUCAUCAGCUCGAUUCGAAAUGCAGUCGCCUUCGGCACCCAGGACACUUUAGCGAAGCAGUAUGACGCCCACCUCAUCCGAGCUGAAUACUUCGGAUUCAGAAAGGCAGCUUCGGUCGCUUGCAUGGUUGGUGGCAUGUUCUGGAUUAUAUACAUGAACUAUGGUUUGAGUUUCUGGAUGGGCAGCAAAUACCUUGUCGACGGUGUUAUCCCGCUAUCGAGCGUCCUCAUCAUCAUGAUGUCGAUUAUCAUUGGUGCUUUCAAUCUGGGUAAUAUAGCCCCCAACCUCCAAGCCUUCGGCACCGGACUCGCGGCCGCAGCCAAGAUUUUCAACACUAUCGACCGAAUGUCCCCGUUGGACCCCACCUCCGAAGAGGGUGAGAAACUGGAGAAGGUAGUAGGUACGAUCCGCCUCGAGAAUAUUAAGCACAUAUAUCCCUCAAGACCGGAGGUCGUUGUUAUGAAGGAUGUAACGCUAGAGAUUCCGGCAGGCAAGACGACGGCAUUGGUUGGAACAUCUGGAUCCGGAAAAAGUACCAUUGUUGGGCUUGUGGAACGGUUUUACGAUCCAGUGGCGGGCAGGGUGUUACUAGAUGGGCACGAUAUUAGCACCUUGAAUCUUCGAUGGCUGCGUCAACAAAUGUCUCUAGUCAGCCAGGAGCCUACCUUAUUCGCUACCACGAUCUACAACAACAUCAAACAUGGUCUUAUCGGCACGAAGCACGAAAACGAGAGCGAGGAGAAACAAAGAGAGAUGAUCUUCGAAGCCGCAAAGAAGGCUAAUGCUCACGACUUCAUCUCGUCUUUGCCGGAGGGAUACGAAACGAACGUUGGCGAACGUGGAUUCCUGUUAAGCGGUGGCCAAAAACAACGUAUCGCUAUCGCGAGAGCUAUCGUUUCGGACCCUAAGAUUCUUCUACUGGACGAGGCCACAAGUGCGCUAGAUACCAAGUCAGAAGGUGUUGUCCAGGCUGCGUUAGAAGCCGCUGCUGAAGGUCGAACUACCAUUACUAUCGCUCACCGUCUUUCUACCAUCAAGGAUGCUCACAAUAUUGUGUGCAUGUCGCAUGGAACUAUUGUCGAGCAGGGAACACAUGACGAGCUCUUAGAACUCAACGGUGCAUACGCAAAGCUUGUUAGCGCACAGAACAUCGCUGUUGUUAACGAGUUGACUGCGGAAGAGCAAGAAGCCAUCGAUGCUAAGGACGAGAGUCUCAUUCGUACGGCGUCCAAGGGUAGCAAGGCAGGUAUCGUCGAGGAUCCCGAUGACAAUAUUCGCGAUAAACUCAACCGAUCGGCAACCCAAGGAUCCGCAUCUAGCAAAGCUCUUCGAGAUCGCAUACCCGAGAAAAGGAAAAAGUAUUCGCUAUGGACUCUGAUCAGUCUGAUUGGGUCGUUCAACAAAGAGGAAUGGAAGCUAAUGCUCUUCGGCUUGUUCUGGUCUAUCAUCUGUGGUGGUGGUAACCCAACGCAAGCCGUCUUCUUCGCCAAGCAGAUUCUGACGUUAGCUGUGCCUAUUACUCCUGAGAACAGCCACCAGAUCAAGAAGGACAGUGACUUCUGGAGUGCUAUGUUUCUCAUGCUCGCAUUCGUCAUGCUCAUCGCUCAGAUAUUCCAGGGUGUUGCUUUCGCUAAAUGUUCCGAGAGACUAAUCCACCGCGUGAGAGAAAGAGCUUUUAGAGCUAUACUCAGGCAAGAUGUAGAGUUUUUUGUAAGUGUGAUGUCCUCUCCAUUGAUACCCCGAAAAGCACUGCAGCGGGACAAAGAUGAAAAUACCGCCGGCAGUCUCACGUCAUUUUUGAGUACUGAAACUACCCACGUAGCCGGACUUAGCGGCGUUACGCUUGGUACUUUGCUUAUGGUUACUACUACCCUUGUAUCGGCGAUGGUUGUCGGUCUGGCCUUUGGUUGGAAGUUGGCUCUUGUCUGUAUCGCUACGGUUCCUCUUCUGAUAGGAUGUGGCUUCUUCCGGUUUUACAUGCUUGCGCACUUCCAACGUCGCUCCAGGAGAGCUUACGAGCAAAGUGCUACAUACGCGUCUGAAGCUAUCUCCGCAAUCCGUACCGUUGCUUCUCUAACUAGGGAGAACGAUGUUAUGUCACAGUACAGGAAAUCUCUUGCUAUUCAGCAAAGGGCGAGUUUGAUGUCGGUACUAAAGUCUUCGACGCUGUAUGCCCUCUCUCAGUCGCUUACGUUCUUGGUCUUCGCUCUUGGUUUCUGGUACGGCGGUACCUUGAUCGGUAAGAGAGAGUACUCGCUUUUCCAGUUCUUCAUUGUCUUUAUGGAAAUUAUCUUCUCCGCUCAAAGUGCCGGUACUAUCUUCUCGUUUGCUCCCGAUAUGGGCAAGGCGCACAGCGCGGCUGAGGAACUUAAGACACUGUUUGACCGAAAACCGAAUAUCGACACCUGGUCUCAAGAGGGUGAAUCAAUUCAAGCCAUCGAGGGCAACAUUGAAUUCCGAGACGUCCACUUCCGAUACCCGACACGACCUGAGCAACCGGUGCUUCGUGGUCUGAACUUGACGAUUCGUCCUGGACAGUACGUUGCUUUGGUUGGUGCUUCGGGUUGCGGAAAGAGCACUACGAUUGCGCUGUUGGAACGAUUCUAUGAUCCUCUCGUUGGUGGCGUAUUUGUGGACGGAAAGGAAAUUAGCACCCUGAAUGUCAACCAGUACCGAUCUUUCAUCGCUCUCGUAUCCCAGGAACCGACCCUGUACCAGGGCACGAUCAAGGAGAACAUUCUCCUCGGAACUUCUUCCGAGACCGUUUCGGACGAGGCGAUCGAGUUUGCCUGUAGGGAAGCCAAUAUUUACGAAUUCAUCCUAUCUCUGCCGGACGGCUUUAACACGGUCGUGGGUAGCAAGGGUGCCCUACUAUCCGGAGGUCAGAAGCAGCGUAUCGCGAUCGCGCGUGCGCUUAUUCGUGACCCCAAGAUUCUACUUCUGGACGAAGCCACGAGUGCGUUGGACUCGGAGUCGGAGCACGUUGUGCAGGCAGCCCUUGACAAGGCAGCCAAGGGCCGAACUACGAUUGCCGUGGCGCACCGUCUUAGCACGAUCCAGAAGGCUGAUAUCAUCUACGUGUUUGACCAGGGCCGCAUUGUUGAAGAGGGUACGCACGUCGAGCUUAUGAGGAAGAACGGCCGAUACGCUGAGCUGGUCAACCUGCAGAGUCUGGAGAAGACUCGAUAA